AGCGGCGCCGCCGCCGGCCCGUGGUGUGCGGGGCCCGCGCGCCGCUGGGAGGAAGAGGCGGGGAUGGCGCGGGCGCUGAGGAGGAACAAGAAAAUUGUUGAUUAUUCACAGUUUGGGGAUUUGGAAGAUGAUGAUGAAGACUUUGCAUUGAUAGCUGCACCUUCAAGCAAAAAAUCCAGAACACAGCUGAAGGACCCAAAGAAGGAUAAAAAAGACAAGCAAAAAAAGCCACAUAAAGAAUUGACUCCAUCACAAAAGCAGACACCUAGUAAAAGGCUAUCCUUGGAUGACAAACUUUAUCAAAGAGAUCUGGAAGUUGCCUUAGCCUUAUCUGUCAAAGAAAAACCUGCAAAUAUCCUUGAGGUGCAAAGUUCAGAAGAGAAAGGUAAGACUAAUGAAUCAGAAGAUGUACAUGGGAGACCCCUUUUUUCAAACUGCAGUGUAGACAGUGAAGUUCUAGGUCUCAACCACGUUAUGGAUGGUGAUGUACCCAAGGGUGACUGUAGGCAAAGAACAGCAGAAUCUAAAGCUCCAUCACAUCCAAAGAAGUUACUGACUGUUGACAGUGAUGAUGGAGAGCAUGACUCUGAGACUACUGACUCUGAGACAGAGGCUGUACAUAGUGAGGAGUCAGAAGAAGAUUCAAAUUACAGUGAAGGUGAUGAUGAAGACUUUGCUAUGAAAAAGAAGAAAGCCAAAGUAAAGAACAAGAAAACCAAACAAAAGAUGCCAUCUGAAAGAGAAAAGAAGACUCCCAAACCCAAGAUUAAUACUACAGCAUCACCUGUAGCUUCUCCUUCACGGAUAACAGAGCAAAAAUCUGAACCAAUACCAAAAGUGAUGUCCAGUUCUUCAGAACCAGUUGGGAGGCCUUUACAUACGUCGAGUCCUGUAACAGACAAGAAGCCUAAAUGGAUACCACCAGCUGCAUCAGGAAGCAGUAAUAACUCUAUGAAAUAUGCUUCAGUUAAGUCACCUACUCAGUGUCUUCGACUUGGCCUCUCCAGACUAGCAAGAGUCAAACCAUUGCAUCCCAGUGCUACCAGCAGUUAAGUGGUCGGUGCCAGGGUGCCACGUGAAGGAAAAGACUUUGCAAGUGUUUUGCCUGAAAAUGGAAGGUGGACAGAAAAAGUUUCCUGGCAUUGUUCAUUUGGAGAACUGUUUUCAUCUACAUGGCUAAUACUAUACUGAGUUUUUAUUCUGAAAAAUGCUGGACAUCCUUAAGUGCUACUGAAUAAUAAUAAUAAUAUUAUUUAGUCAAGGUGACAUCUAAUUCAUUAGCUCUUUGAUGUGUUAUAUUCAGAAGUGUGGGUGUCUGAUAAUUUUAAUUCUCUGAUGUCUAAACUCUUGGCAUUAAAAUGGUCUAGAGAGCACUAUGUCAGUUAUAGAAUUUGUAUCUCAAAUGGAUUCUUAACACAAGUGAAAGUUAGAGUGUAAAAAGUGCUUCUUGUAGGGGUGGAGUUACCACUUUCCACACCCUUAGGAUGUUUGUCACCACUCUUUCAAAAGCUGUUAAUAUUUUCCUACCUUAAAUAUGGAUUUUAACUAAUUUUUAUGUAUUACAGAUAUAACAAAUAUAAAUAGUUUUUAGGAUGUAUUUAAAAAAAAACAAUAAAAUGCUUUGUAUAGUCUAAUUAAC